AUGUUGGCCAGAAUCUCUACGUCGCUCGUUGCGACUCUGCUGCUCUCAUCGACUACUCUCGCUGCGCCUACACAAACACAUUGUCGCUGCGAAAUCGUUGCUGAUAUGCCGUCUUCAUCCGUUCCCGCUUCUGCUGCCUACACACCCUCCGCCGCACAUUGGUCACCAGCAGACCCUUCGCAAAGUCCCGUCGCAGCACUCAAUGUAUGCGCAAGCCUAGGAUCGGAAUUACAGAAACUGCAACACACAGAGCCGGAGCUGUACGACUCGUAUAUGGCGGGUGCUAUCAAGGAUGCGCCGCAGAAGCCGGUACCGACUGCGGUGCUGAUGAACAGUCAUGAGGAGGCACAGUCAACGUCAAGCCCACAUAGGAGAAUUGUGUGUCAUGCGGAAUCGAUAUUGUCUACGCCAGAGUUCCAUAGCUCGUUUGUGGGACUGUGGGCGCUGCAGAUGAUUGUUGUGGUUGCGAUAUUGGCUUGCGUUGCUGAGGGGUUACAUUUGGGCAAACAAUGGAUGAAAAACAACAGCUCUCCUGAGCCAGUAUCCGAGAAGAGUAGCCUGCGCUUGACUGGUGCAGAAAGGCGUCUCCUAGCCAUCCCCACUGGUCCCCAGGAAGCCGAUUCAGUGUUCAGCCCAGGCGCAGAGAAGAAGCUACGAGCGUACGAGACGACACGAUACUUUGUUACGCAGGCAUCGAGUGGACGGAGAGAGUUCAUUGCGUAUGAUGAUGAUAGCGAUGAUGAGGCGAACAGGCCUGUGAUGUAG